AUGUAUUCAAAUGAAAUAAAAAUAAAACUGCUGAUGUCGUCGUCGUCCCAAAUCGUUCCUUAUCGUAGCUUGUAUCGUAUCUCGUUAAGAAAGAGAAAAAGGCAUAAAUUUAGCUUUACCCUGGAAAUGAAGGCAGCAAGCAAGGAUGGAUUCUACCUGAAAUUUUUCGUAAUCUCCAUCGUUUGGCUUUACAUUUGGAGAAUAUCAAAUAAUAAGGCGACAUUAGAAAAAUCAUUUCACUUGAAUAUUCAUGGUAAAAUGUUCUUGAAUCGUGAAAGUAUCGUCAUUGUUUCAGGUAAAGCUUUCGUCCCUGGGGUGAUUGUAAGGGAUGUCAAGUUUGUGUUGGAAGUGAUGAAGGUGAAGGAAUUCUUUGUGUUCUUUAAAGGAUUCAACUCAGCAUAUGUCAUGUUCAUGUGCUUUCAAAAAGAGCUUAAAUGCACUUGGAAGACACCAAAAGGAGAAGAUUUCAAGUCCUUUCAAGCAUAA